UAUAAAUUAUAAUUCGUAUUGUUGUCCGUGAUUGUUAUUAUUCGUUAGGUUUCCGUAUUCCGUUUAUUGUUUAGUCAUCGCAAUGUCCUUCAUUAAGUACUACUAUUUUUUACCCCAUUUUUUCUACGUCGAUAAAAUAUUUUAAUAUUAUUAUUCGACACCUCAAUAUCACCACAGAAAUGUACGUACUGCACUCGAUUAAAUCAAUUAAGAAAAAUGGCUUUUUUUUCAUUGUGUAAGUGCAUCACAUUAUUUAUUCACAUAUCAUAUUAUUGGCUAUUGCGUCAUAUGUUACAAAUUGAUUGUCGUAGUCACAAAGUUUUUAUUUUAAUAAAUAUGAAAUACUUUCUGUAGAUGGAAGAUAAAAUUGUAAUUCCUUUUACUCUAUUUCUAUCUUUGAUUUGUUAAAAAUAUACUAAUAAAGUAUUUUAUAUAAUUUUGAAUAGGUAAAUAAUGAAUUGAUGAUUCUUUUAAUUAACUUAAGUUAAAAUCAUAAUCCACCUUUAACUAAUUGUAGUUAUUAAAUUAGUAUUAUUAAACUACAUAAAUAUGAACAUAAAAUUAAUUUUUCCCAUUUAAAAAAAUUAUUUAAUUAAAGGCUAAUAUAUUUAUUGCAAAAUUAAUCCAAUAUAAAAACUUAAUUCAAAACUACAAUUAAUAGUUCUGAUUAUCUUUCUGCAUGUAAUGGUACUUUCUUGUCCCAUAACAGCAUAAAGAACUAAUAAUAACAUGUUUAUUUCAUCCGUGUCGCCCAAGAAAUCUAUAAAUCAACAAAAAAAUGUUUGUUCCAAAAAUACCAAAAAGUUAGUGGUUGAAUUUCAAAAAUCUGACGAUGAUGUGUACUUGUUUAUCCAUAUUUGUACAUACAUUUUCAGAUAUCUGUUUGAUAGAUUUGUUUAUGGAUCACACAUAGACAAUUAUACAGAUAUUAAUUUUUUUUUCUGUUUACUUUUAUUGGUUUAGUUUACUAUAAUUUUUAAUUUAAUUUAUAUAUAUAUUAUUAUAGAUUUGAACUCACUAUCCUCUAUCACAAGUGUCAAUGUGUUUAUUUUUCGUGUAAAAAAUUAAUAUAUACACUGUUGUUGUUAACAAAUAAAAAUUAUUAUUAUUACUAUUAUUUCCUUUUAUUAGUAUAAGCUGUUAAUUGUUUUUAUUUAUAGUUUACAAGAAUAAUAAGGCGUCCUCAAGUACAUCAAAUAGGAGUAAUUUGUUAUCAAAAAUGAUUAAUCAAGACUCAAUUUUACAGGUAAAUUAGUUAAGGUAGUUAAUUUUGAAAAUGUUAUUUACUAUAUUUUAAUUAAAUUUUAUUUUUUUGGUGUUUCAGGAAAAAUUAGAAAAACUAGAGAAACAAAAGGUUGGUAACAAUAAUUUUGUAAAUUGUGUAUUUUUAAUCUAAUCAGGAUUGAAAAAUUGUACAGGAUUUAAGAAAAUUAAAUCUUCUAGAAGAAGAAAAAAAUUUUAAAAAAUAUGAAGAAAAUAAAAUUCGUCAACAUCAAAAUAGAAACACAAAUUAUAAAGUAACUAAAAAAUAACUUCAUAAUGUUCACUAAACAAUAAUAAAUUUGUUUUUCACUGUUUUUUUAAAGAAGUUAGUAAUCAAAGGUUUGGCAGUUGUAGUUUUAAUAUUAUAUUUCUUAACUAAUGCAGGAUUUUUCUAAAUAGAUAACAAUUUGAAUAUUAAAAUUUAAUAAUUCCAGAACUGUAUUAAACCCGACUUAAUUUCUAUCUCUAUAAUUUCUUGGUAGAUGUGCAAAGUUUCCGAUUUCUAAAUGUAUUUUAAACUAUAAUUACAUAUAUUAUUUUAAAGUAAUUUGAUAACCUAGAAGGUAACCAUAUUGUUCUUAUGUAUAGAAAUUAAAAUAAAUUAAAUAUCUUAUUUUAUAAAUAGUUGGCAGAGUAUUUGAUUCAAAUUCUUAAAGUACUUAUAUGUUGGUACCUAUUUUAGAUAGGUUUUACAAUGAUGUUUACAACUUUUCUACCAAAAAUUUUGUUCAGAUUUUUAAAUGUACACUUUUUCUGAAAAGAAAUUUGACUGGAGUGGUACUUAAGGGAGGUUAUUUUUUGAUUUUUCCAAAGAUUUUCAUAAUAAAUGGAAGAAUUUAUGAAAAUUAUUAUUAUCAAAUUGUAAAUGUUAUGGCCUUUCAAUACUUUGCUCAGAAUUGUUCUGUAUAAAUAUACAUUGAAUUCAAUUUUAUAUCCCACUAUCCCACUUUUCUAACUUCUUGCCUUCAACAGUAGUCCACCUAUCAUGCAAAGUAUGUCCGUCUCUUUAUAUAUAUAUAUAUAUAUAAAAGUUUAAAUUUCUAUUUAAUACUCAUAUUUAAAUUAAUAAUGUUAAGAAAAAAAAAUGUUUGUUAACCAAAUAAACAACUGUAACUAUGUACUAGCUAUUAUAUGAAUGGAUGUACACAAUGAGGAUAUAAGGUAUUCUAAACUUUUGUUGAGAAACCUAAAAUAUAGUAAACAAUUUUUAUUUGUCGCAAUUUGAAUUGUGCUGCUUUUAGAGUAUUGAUUUUAUUAUUAAAUUUAUUGUAAAUCUGUUUAUUUCACUUCAUAAUCAAUUGAGUUAAAAUUUUUGAACAGUCUUCUUCACCUUUAUCCCAACUAUUUGGAGCCGUCACCCUUGUUAUGUUAAAACGUUUUGUAUAUUCUAAAAUGUUACAUUAGAUAUAGUGGUUUAUUAUACACUUUUGAUUUUAAAUUAACACCAUUUAUUAAACAUUUCAUAAAAAGGUGUGAAAUUUUAGUUACAUAUUGACAGACACUACUGCUAUAAUAGCAGUUAUAUGGACAAUUUCAUAUUAUGUCAACACUGCUGUAGGAGUAAUUUUUCAAUAGUAUAAAAUAAUAAAAGACUGCCAUUUAUUACAGUCCUCACUAUCAUUUUAUAUAGAUUUUGAAUGUAGGUAUAGUACAACAGUACAAAUUACAUUAAAAGUAUCUAUCAAUAUGUUAAAUACAUUUUGGUGUUGAAAUUUUAUAUUUCCAACUACCUGUUAAUGAGAUAUUCCACUUUUUAAAUUUAAAGUUUAUCUAGAAGAGUAAUGGAACAUAAUUUGUACUGUAUGGACAUUUAAUAAUACUUCACUACUCAGCCCCUAUUUUCACCUAUCUAAAUGUUCCAGUUGAUAGAAAUUCAAAUUUCAACACCAAAGUAUAUUUAAACUAAAACUUCUUCUAUUUAAGGAAUAAUAAUAGGUUAGGUAUUAUUAAUAGUAAUAGUUAAUAUAAAUUACUAUUUGAAAAUAAAAAGUUUUUAGUGAUAAUUUCACCCCCAAAAAUAAUAACAAUAUAAUAUUUUAGUAUAUAUAUAUAAUUUUAAUAAGUUUUUACAUAAGUCAUUUUUUGAAAAAAUAAGUAUUUCAUGGAGAAUUUGACUGUGACAUGAUAUUCGUAAGAUCCUGUGUAAUAAUACAAGUCUAGACCUGUCUAUUUGAAAAAUUUUUUUGAUUUAACGUUGCAACCAAAUAAUGGAAUAAACAAUGCAAUACGGAUCAGUUAGUCAAGAGAACGCCAUACCAACAUCUACUGUCUUUGUCUUACAAACAUGAGGCAUACCAAAUUUGUGUUCAGUAGGACACAUUUUAUGUCAUGAGUUUUAAUAGCAAAUUAAAGCAAAUUGACCUAUUACCAAAAUUAAAGGUAAGAUGCUACGUGCUAUAAUGUUGAUGAUUUUUCGAUAUUUUAAUUUUUAAAUGAGACAUGAAUAUGUUAAAUAUCACAAUUUAAAAAUGAUUAUAUCUUGCUUAAAAAUUCAAAUAUCUAAAAAAAAACAUCAACAAUAAGGCAUAAAUAAUCUCGUUACCUUUAAGUUUGAUAAUAAAUUAAUUUGCUUUAAUAUAAAACAACAGCACAAAAUAUUUCCUAUUGAACGUAAAUUUGCUAUGUCUCACGUUUGUAAGAAGGAGAUAAUAUUUAUCGGUGUAGUAUCCUCUUAAUAAUAACAUAUUCAUAUAUUUUUAAUUUGUUUUAUAUUAAUUAUUACAUAGUUUAAAUAUUUAUUUUUUUUAGAUUCUGAGUGGAGUGAAGAAGCUUAUAGUUUUACAAAGAUAUUUAUUAUUAUUAUUAUUUUUUUAUUUGUUAAUAUCUUUUCAACCAGAAGACUUGCUCGGAUUUCUAAGUGUAGUACUUUUUGUGAAAAGAAAUUGGUGUGGAGAGGUACUUUAGGGAAGUCAUUUUUCAAUUUUCUCAGGAGUUUUCCCAGCAAAUGUGAAAAACUGAGAUAAAACAAGGAAAAAAAUUGGGAAUAUUGGUACAACAUUAAACAAAUAUAUAAAGCCUAUUUAAUUAUUUUACUAUAAAAUUACAUAUAUAUAUAUGUAUUGUUAACAAAGCAUCACUAUCAACUGAACUUCGCUCAAAUUGUUUUUUCAUAAGCAUAAGUUUAUCAUUAUUUAUAGGUUUACAUUAAAUUAUCUAUAACAGUGGCUGCUUCCGUCCCCAUUAUCCUAGGACCUUUCUUUAUAUCUGUGAACAAUUUGUUAACCAAAAAUCUUCCUCUGAUUUUCAAGUAUAGUAUCUUUUCUGAAAGAAAAUUUUAUCAGGAUAUAGUACUUUAAGGAUGUCAUUUUUGAUUUUUUAAGCAAUUUUCAUAAUAAUUGGGAAUUAAAGUAAAAACGAGAAAAUUUACAAAAUGUAUUAUUUUCAAUUUUGUUAUUUGAUGUAAUUCAGUUAGAAAUUUUCAUAAAUAAACUUGAAAUUUGGACAGAAAACUUAUACUUGCCUUUUCGAGGUAAAAUUUUCUAAAUAUUUUAACUGUUUGUAGAUAUUUUAACUUUGCGAGUUUUUACUUAUUUAUUAUUCGGUAGGUACUCUGUGGAUAACUAAUAAUUGUAUUUGCUAUUUAUUUGUAUUUAUUAUUUAGCGUAUUCAAUUUUUAAUAACUGAUGAAGAAACUACCAAUCAGUUAGUAUCUUCAAUUCAAAAAGAGAAUCUACAAAAACAUGAACAACUUUUGCAUCAUUUAAUAGAAAGUAUUAUUUUCAUUAGUAGUUUUACACACUACAUUUUAUAAAACAUUAAUAAAUUCAUGAUUUCAGUUGAAAAUGCGUCCUACAAAAUAAUAAAUGAUACACUUAAUUUUAAUCGCUCAUUUAAAAUGGAUUAUGAUGAAAAAUAUAUAAAAUGUAAUUCAAUUAAAUGUGAUCAAUUAAAUCUGAGAAAGUAAGUAUUUUUAAUCAAAUUAAAUGCUUCAUUAUAAUUUUUAUUUUCAAUUACUGAAAACUCCUCAAAUGAUCAAAAAAUGAACUUCCUAAAGUAUCUCCCCAGUCAGAUUUCCUUUAAAAAAAAGUGUUAUCAUUUUAAAUUUGAGCAAAAUUGCUAGUGGAAAAAUUUUCUACAGAAAAAAAAAUAAACAUAAAACAAAUACAUUCCUUGAUUCACUCAGAAUUUAAACUAUUUAAUAACAAACACAAUUUUCAUUUUAAGCCUUGAAAAUCAUUUUAGAUUUUAGAAUAAAGCAUUUAUUGGUUUUACUAAGAUAUUUAUUUAAUUUUUUUUUUUUUCAUAAUAUGUACACAAAUUCUAUUAGAAAUUUUGCUCAGAUAUAUACGCACGAUUAAGUUAGAUUAGGUUCCUUAGGCACCAUUUCUAAAAGGGAAUAUUGUCCAGAUGAUACUUUUGGGAGAUUAUUUUUUUAAUUUUCCAAGCGGUUUUCGUAAUAUCUAGGAAAAACCAGGAUAAAACUUAAGAAAAACAGUAAAUUUAUAAAAAUAAUGCUUUUAUUAUUUUUCAAUUUUUUUUUGUUGUUACUCAGUUCAAAAUAUUCUUAAUGACUUAUAAUUUGUACAAAAAACUUUUAUUUGCCCUUUCUAGAAAUGGUAAAAUUUUCAACAAAUUUAAGCCAUUUUUGAGCUUAUUAUAGACAUUUUAAUUUUGAGAGUUUUGUAUGUAAUUUUAUUUUGGUAGGUACUUUGUAUUAAAAUUUUUAGACUUAACUGAAAUGUUUAAAAAUAUAACAUGAGGAAUAUUGAGUCUUACUUUAUGGUCUAAAAAAGAAAAUUUGAAUUUAAUGUAGUAUUUUUUUUUUAUAAAGAAAUUUUAAUAUACAAUUUUGUUGAAAACCGUAGACUAAAAAACUUAUGUGGAACAAAUUCAUUUUUCAAUUUUUUUUUCUUUUUAACAUAUAUGUUGCCGAUUUAAGAAUGAUGGAGAAGUCAGAAAUUAUAGCUUUUUUAAAGUUCUGAUAUUAUAUGUAUGUUAAAUAAUUAAAAUUGUCCUCUCUAAAGUAUAUUUAUCGUAACUGAAUGUUUAUAUAUAAUCAUUUUCAUCCUAGAGAUCGCGAACUAAAACCGAAAAAAAAAAUGUUUUAAUUUUUUUCCCUUUUUGCCUAAACAAAAUAAAUGUAUUUUCAUUUCGGGUAUACCUAUAGACACAGGCCAUCCCUCGCUCAGACUAUUUUAAUCUCAAAAUACCCCUCGAUUUUUUAUGCAAACUUAUCUACCCAAAAUUUUUCUCUUAUGUAUCAAGUGUAGCUUAUUUUCUGAAAGGAAAUUUUUUUGAUUUUCCCAUGAGUUUUCCUAAUAAAUAGGAAAAAAAAUUUUUUUUUUUUUCUGUAGACAACUUUUCUUCCAAUUUACAACGAUAGCACAUCUUCUAAAAAGAAAUCUGAUUAGGAAGGUACUUUAGAAAACUUUCGGUUUUCCAAGAGUUUUCCCAGUAAAUGUGAAAAACCGGGAAAAAACACAAGAAAAUUGAUACAACAAAACAAAUAUUAUCAAAAAAAAUUAUAUAAUGCCUACUUAAUUAUUUUACCAUAAAAAUGUUGACAAAGCAUCACUAUCAACUGAACUGUGCUCAGAAUCAUUUUUUCAUUAGCAAUGGUUUAUCAUUGCUUACAGAUAUACAUUAAGUUACCUAUAACAGUGGCUGUGCCCAAUCCCAUUAUCCAAGGACAUCUUAUUAUAAUUUAUUUUAAUUAAUACAUGUUUAUAUUAUACAGCAAAGAUAAUGAUUAUACAUUAAAACUUGAACAACUAAUUGAAGAAGCAAAUUUGCAAAGGUGUGUUCUUGUUAACAAUGCAUCAAAUUGUGAUUCAUCAAAAAUGGAAAAAUUGACUGAUCUUCUUAACACCAGUAAUUGUUACCGUCAAGUUUUAAAAGAACAUUUAAAAAACAUGUACAAUCAACUAAAAUAUUUAACAGUUGCUGAAGUACAAAGGAAAAAUUUACAGCUCAAUAAACAAAUAGUACAAUUAAUUACACAUUAACAUAAUAUCCUUUAUUAUCAAAUACAUAUAACUUUGUCUAAAACAAAAAAACCUUUGAUUUCUUGUAGAAUAAUUUAUCCAAUGAACGAAUUACAUUAACACAGAUGCUUGUAGAUUUUAUUGACAAAAAAAAUCAAAGUCAAAAACGUCUAAUUCAAGAAUUAGAAGCUCAAAAUGUUGAAUUUGUAAGUCAAAUAUCAUAUAAUUCAGAUACCUACCAAGUUACAAAAACUUUGUUAUAUUGUUAUUCUAUAUUUAGCUGUAUUAAUAAUCCCUAGUGUUCCCUUAGGUUAUACUUCAUUAACGUUGUAUACUCCAAAAAUUUUAGAUUUUAAGUGGAGCGAAGAAUAUAUUGGUUUUACAAAGAUUUUUUUUUUUUAUAUGAACACUUUUUCUACCAAUAAGCUUAUCCCAGUGUAUAUGAUAAAGACCCUUUUCUGAAAGGAAAUUUUCUUGGGGUGGUACUUAAAGAAAGAUCAUUUUUGAUUUUCUCAACAAAUGUAAAAAACGGGGGAAUGUAUGAAAUAUAGGUAUUAGUUGAAAAAAUAUUACGGCCUCUUUUUUCUUGUGAACAACUUUUCUACCAGUAAUUUUUCUCAGAUUUACAAUGAUUACUUUCUAAAAGGAAAUCUGACUGGAAAGGUAUUUUAAGGAUGUGAUUUUUUUUACUUCCAAAGUGUUUUUCCAAUAAACUAGAAAAAACUGUGAAAAAAAAUAUGGGGAAAAUAAGAAAAUCGGUACAAUAUUAAAUAAAUAUUAUUAAAGAAAAUACAUAAUGCCUAUUUAAUUAUUUUACCAUAAUAUGAUAUAUAAUAACAAUAUAUAUUGUUGACGAAGCAUCACUAUCAACUGAACUGUGCUUAGAAUAAUUUUUUCGUUAGCAAUGGUUAAUAUUUUUUUUUUUAAUCUUAAGUAUACUAUAUAAAUUUCAAUGAAUUUGGGAAGUUAUAAAUAAUACAAUUUUAGAUUCUGAGUGAAGAAGGGGUGUAUUAGUUUUACAAUAAUUGUUAUUUUUAUAUUUUUUUUCUGUGGACAAUUUUUCUACCAAAAAUUUUGCUCAAUUUAAAAUGAUAGUGAUUUUUCUGAAAGGAAUAGAGCAUUUAUAAAAUACAGUGUGCUAUGCCACACAAAUUAUACUUUUUUUUUUUCAUGAUAGAAAUGCAAAUAUUAAAAUAAAUCAUUCAUUCAAUGCUUAUUAAAAAUCACUUUUAUAUAUAUAUAUAUAUAUAAUAGGUUCAUUUGUUCUAAAUUCAAUCAGAAUCGUAAUUAAAAUGUGAUGUGUAUAUUUUUUUGCUGUUAUAAGUGUGAGACAAAGAAAAAAAACAAAAUACGAGUAGGACACCAAAAUCUAAAGCAUAUAAUAAAAUAUCAAGGUCAUAGUCUAAAACUUAAUUUAGGUAAUGGCAUAUGAAUUAAAAUUGCCCCUCAACAAAAUGUAUAAGUACAUCACUGUUAAUAACAUUUAAAAACAAGACUUGCAUAAUUCACAUGAUAGGUGGGGCACUGUUGUAGGUAAAAAAUUAGGGAAGUAUGAUAUAGAAGACAAUUUAAUGUAUAUCUAUACCCAACAUAUAAUCAUUUGCUAACGAAGAACGAUUCUAAGGGAAGUUUUGUUAUAAAUAUUAAAUUAAAAUUUUUAUUAAAAAAAUAAUUCUGCAUUACACUAAAAUUUUAAUAUUCUGUUAAAUUGUCAAGCAUUUCUGUUUGGUUUAACAAUUUUGUCUAAAAAGUACCUACCAAAUAAAAAUUAAAUAUAAACUUGCAAAAUUUAAAUGUUUAUUAUAAGCUUUAAAAUUGGUAAAUGAUUUAGAAAUUUUACAUGUCUAGCAAAGGCAAAUGUAAGUUUUCUGUCUAAAUUUCAAGUAUCCACAAAUAUUUUUAACUGAAUAAUCAUAGCAAAAUAUAAAAUUAAAAAUAAUACAUUUUCUCUUUUUCCUAUGUUUUUCCCAAUUAUUAUGAAAAUAGCAUGAAAAAAUAUUCUCCUUGAAGUACCACUUAUAUAAAAUUUCCAUUCAGGAAAAGUACUUCACUUGAAAAUCGGAACAAGAUUUAUGGUAGAAAAGUUGUUUACAAAUAAAAUAAAUAAUAAAUUAUGUUUAUUAACAUUCUAAAACCAAUGCAUUCCUCGCUUCAUUCAGAAUCUAAAACUGAUAGUAUGUAUAAUCCUUCAAUAUAUAAAAUUAACUUUUGAACAGUUUUAAAUUCAAUAUAGUAAAAAAUGUAUUGAUUUUACUAAGACAUUUUUUUUUCCUGGAAAACAAUUUUUUUCAUUUUAUUAGUUUUAUAUAAAUAAAGUUUAUUUUUAUCAGUAAAAAUAUACAAAAGUUUGAUACUACACUCAAUAUAAGUUAUACUCACGGUGUGAACAGAAAGUUAAGUAUAAUGUCAAUUGAGUUUUUUUUAGUGUUAAAACUUUUUUAAAACACAAGUAUUUAGAGUUAAACAUUAUUAAAUUUAACAAAAAAAGUUUUAACUGAAUUCUGCUCAAAAUAGAUUUUUUGUUCACAAUAAUUUAUUGUUGCAUAUAGUAUAUAAACUAAUGUGCCUUAAACACUAUUUUGCCUUUCAAACUAUCAACCUACAAAAGUGGCAUUCUUUGACCUAAUCAUGAUGUUAGGUUUAGUUUGUUUAUGUUCUUUUUUUUUUAUAUAGGAGACUGCUACGAAAUGGUUAUCACAGUAUUCAAAUCUAGUUAAUGACAUGCCCUCAGAGUUAAAGUUUUAUGAGAAUACUGUAAACCCAACAUUAUUACAUAGAGUGUGUUCAGCCGGAGGAAGUCAUCUUUUGUUAUUUAUUUUGGAAAAUGAACUAAAAUUACCACUGACCAAAGAAUAUCUUACAAAUGUUAUUAUUUUUAAUAAUGUUUAUUUAUUAUUAUUGGUAAUUAGCAUAGUAUUUUUAUUUUAUUAGAUGGGUGUUAAUAGCUGUGAAGAUCAAGAAAUAUUAAUUAACUCAUUGAAUAAUUUACCUGCACCAUCUGCUCCACAUGAAAAUGAAUUUACUCCAACAGCUCCAUUUUUAGAUGAGCUUGAAUGUAUUGUUUGCAUGGAAGCAAGGGUAAUUUCUAUAGUUAUUAUUUUAUUUACAAUAAUUCAUUUUUAUUCACCUCUCAAAAAUUGUUUGAUAGUUUAAUAUUUUAAUAUUUUGAAUUGAGUAUAUAAUUAUGCUAAGAUAGUCUAUUUUAGGCAGAAAAAAUUGAAAUAAGGAUUUAAUUGAAAAUUAUAAUUUUUACUGUAAUAUUUUAAUUGUUUACAACCAAUGAGAUUAAAAAGAGCAGUCAAACCUAUGACUUUAAAAACCAUUUUUUAUGCACUAAUUUGGACAAAUUAAUAUGGCAGCUUUGUAAAACAGAGAUAUCUUGUGAGGCCUAUCUGUUCUCUAGGAACGCGACCGCUUAUGUUAAAACUACAGGAAUGACCUAACCAUUCUUUAUAAUCUAUGGGUCAAACAGUAAACACUUCAAUCCAAUAUAGGGAAAUCAAUCACUUCUCCUCCAAUGUCACAGUAAAAUCUAGAGACUAACUAAUGUUCUGAAUUAAGGAACACACGGAUUAUAGCCAAAUAUUAUAAUCCUAAAAUGUUUAAAUUCCAUAUAAAUUUUUUAUUUUUAGUGUAACUAAUAAAAUAAUUUCAAACGAUGUAAGCCACACUAAAAAUAUGUGGUCUACAAUUGUAGACCAAAUAGUAUAAUCCAUUAUAAAAUAAACUUUAGUGUUUUAUUCAAAACUACAUUCUAUUUAAAUUAAUAUAAUCAUUUUUAAUUGUAUUUUUAAAUAAUUAUUACAUAAUAUUGUUAUUAUUUAUUUACAACAGUACAAAACUUAUUUAGAUAACAAUAAUUUAUAAACAAUACAUCACAAUUUGUACUGUUUAUUAUAACUUAUAACAAUACGAGUUAAUUUUUGUUUUUCAGUUUGAUGUUUUAUUUAUUCCAUGUGGACACUUGUGUUGCUGUUCAAAAUGUUCACAAAAAAUCACAGUGUGCCCAAUGUGCAGAACUCACAUUUUGAACAACUUGAAUAUUAAAAAUAUAACCUGAUUAUUUCUUUAUUGUUGUUUUAUUAUAAUGGGUAUAUUAAUAUAUUAGCUUUAAAUAUUCUUUAAUAUAUACUAUUUUUUUAUACUCAAAAAAUUAUUUAGUAGCAAUUUAGUUUUCAUUAAAUUUUAAUAUUUAUACUUGUAUUAUAAUUCAUACAUGAAGUAAUGUUAAAACGAACUUAAAUACAUAUAUUUUUUUAUUGGUUUAAUAAUUACAUAAUUUAUAAAAUUAAAUAUUAUAAAAAUCAUAAUUCCAUAUCAUCAUCUACUAGAUCGAUUACAUCAUCAUCUGUAUUCUUGUUUGGUGUUGACUUUUUAGUGGUAUCUUUCUUUUGUUGUUUUGUUGAUUUAAAGUCUAUAGAAAAAUAAUAAUUGAUAUUAAACAAUAUGUCUGUAUC